AUUAAGCUCGUGGGGAAAUUCAAGCAUAGCAAUAAUGUUUUACAAAGGAGUCUUUGAUGUGAGCCUUUGGUGUACGAUAGCCGCUUUUGUGAAUGCCCAGCAGCCGUGCCCGAGCGAUGUGUUUGUGAAACCAGCAGAGGUCCUAGCGUGCGAGCAACGUGCACAGAACGAGCCUGUGAACCAAACCUUAGCUGCCGAGGCGUGCCUGCGGACGUACUUUGUGAACAGAGUCACCGCCAACCCCUUGCUACCAGAAGACUUCGCUAUGCUCGGAGAAUUCGCCGCAAAAAAGUUCGGGAAAAAUCCACCUGCUAGCGGCUACCGAAUAAGACGCGACAUCAGAGUUCUCACAGUCACCGAGCGACAGAAGCUCUUCCGUGCGUUCAACGUUUUGUACAAGACGGGCGUGCUGCAAAGGUUCGCACGUCUCAGCGGCCAACAGGUUCUCCGGAAACACCGCGGGGCCAGCUUCUUUCCCUGGCACCGCGUCCUCUUGGCGGCGGUAGAGGAGAAGCUGCGUGAGAUCGAUCCAGAAGUGUCGCUGGCUUACUGGGACUACACAGCAGACUACUAUCUACCACUUCCAUCGGACUCUGUCAUCUGGAGCCCGUGCUUCGUCGGCAACGGUGAUGGUAUCGUCCGCGAGGGUCCCUUCCGGUUUAUGUACGGCGGCUUCAACACGCUGAUCAGUCGCGACAUCGCGCCGAACGGAACCUGUCCACCCCGCUUGAUCAACAAGGACGAUGUUGACGAGUUGAUGAGAUAUUGCUAUUAUGCGAACAUCACUACUGGAAAUACGAAGACCUACUACACUCAGCCCCACAAUCUCGAGAUCCUACAGAAUGGCGUCCACAUGUGGGUGGGCGGUGACAUGUCCAACACGCCGGCGGCUCUAUACGACCCCGUGUUUUUCUUGCACCACGUUUUCAUCGACUACAUCUGGGAGCAGUUCCGGACCCGACAGUCGUCCUUGAGUUGCCGAGUGGACGUUGAGAGAGACUACCGGGAACCAGGCGACUACGCAGUCGACAACUUCCCCGGCCACGCCCCCUGGGAGGAGAUGCACGGAUUCGAGUACCUGCAGAACCGCGACGGUCUGUGGCGCAACUGGACAACCGCUUUUUACGGCUACGAACCGGCGCCGAAGUGUCCCGACUGCGGCAAUUCGGAGAACCUCUACUGUGACAGAGAAAUCGAUCCGCGCCGACCGGAAGGCGUCUGUGUGACGAAGACGAAGUUCUUUUGCGUCGAUCAGCCCCCAAUGGACGUUGAAAGAGACAAACCGUUUCAAGAGCAGCUAGGUGGCGGUGCAAUUGUUACCCUGGGAACUAGAGAAGAAGGGCUGCCAGGGGACGGUCGUACCAGAUUCAUGUCACAGGAAGAGGGCCUUGCUAUUCUCAGAGAGCAGGUUGGGCACAUGACCGCGUCUACGCCAUCUGUAACGUUGAAUGCAAAGGAACCGGACGCACCAGGGAACCUUAAGCCAACGCUGACAUUGAAUCUGCACGAGGAAUUGUACGUUAUUUCGAGCUCUGACAGCCAGAGGGCGCUCGGAAAGUACGAGGCAAUCGUCCGGGCUCUGUUCACCACAACUAUCGUGAUCCUUGCCAGUUUGAUUUAAGUAUUUCCUGCAACACGAUCCUGCUAUUUGUGUAGUUUGAAUGAAUUUGUUACUGGAUAACGAUAAAUUUAGUUGACAACCGUCUUUAGUUGAAUGAAUGGUUUCAGGCAGCGUUUGACAUAAUAUAUUGUAAUUUUAUCAAUCAGUGUUAGCUUUUGGUGCAGUUUACACGUUUGUUGAUGCAUGGUUAGUGUUAGAAUUAGGAGUGAGACUUGCCUGGUAAUAAACGAAGAUAUAUUUGUUACAAUUAUUGUCAAAAGCUUUAUUUUUUGUUGAAAUUUGAGCAGUCGGACAUAGAUCAGAAGAUUGUGUCGAUACUUAUCUGUUUUGCGUGUUAUUGUUUUCGCACGUGUGUGUGUUUUUACAUACAGUUGACCACCGCUAUUUCGAACACCGUAAAUGCAAAUACACUGCAAAUUUUAAUAUUUCCGUGCAACAAUUAUUUCUUUCUUAUUGAAAGAGUAAUUGCUCACAUUUUCUGUGUUUUCCAAAUUUAUUGUUGAAAUGGUGUAUUCUUAACCAAAUAAUUGCAGUUUUAAAGAUUGCUUAAUUUAUAAAUUAGUAUUAACCAGUCUUCAUCUACAAAUACACGUAUCAACAUAUGAAGCAAUAUUACAGCCUUCGCCUUUUUCACUUGAAGAUGAACCAGUUCACAAAACACUUUCCGAUUGUAAACAAUAAAUAUUAAUUGUUGUCACAACGACUUAUAUAAAACGCUAUUUAUCAUAUUCU